AUGGACCUACCUCCAGAUCCAUAUGACGCUCUCGGCGUAGCCAAAGAUGCUGAUGUCAGCGCCAUAAAGAGUGCACAUCGGAAGCUCGUGCUCAAGUGCCAUCCGGACCGCAUCCAGGAUCCCGCUCUCAAGGAAAAGGGCAAGGAGGCUUUCCAGAAGAUUCAACAAGCCUACGAGCUGCUCACUGAUCCUUCUAAGAAGGCUCGCUACGAUGAUCAGGUCCGGUUAGCUGCGCUACGGCGAGAGGCGAUGGCAAGAGAUGGUCCUACUACUAGAUCGCAGACAUAUCCUAUAAGGCAUGGUCCGCCACCGCCACCAGCUUCGCGGCACUACAGUCCCGAUGAUGGUGUGUAUUUCGAGGAGCGUCGGCCCCGAAAUGAGGAUUUCAGCAGCAGUAGAGAGAAGUUUGAGGAGCCUCUGAGGACGUCUUCCCGCAAGCACACUGAUUACGAUCGAGCCUCUUCGACCAAGAAACCUGCAGAGAAAGAGCGAUCGGACAAAGCUAAGGCGGGUUGGUCAAGGGCGACUGGCUUUGUCAACGCUGGCAUCAGAUUGAAGAAAGAGACGGACAAGACUCGUGCUUCGAAGGAAGCGAAGGAGCGCACAAGACAGAAGGAAAGGUCCGACAAGGAGCAGCGAGCUCGCCACGCAUACGUUGACAGCGAAAGUGACUCUGACACUGCUACUCGCGUCACCUCCUCCACUAUCAAACCCUCCCGGCCCACACCUCGACACUCACCUCAGUCCAGUUCAUCUCGUCCAUCGACUGCCACAAGACGGCCCACUCAUGUGGACGAUGACAGCGGCGACGAGAGUGACGAUGCUCUGGCCCGCAAAUGGGAGGCCAAAUUCGACAAAACCAAGCAGUAUAUUGAAAAAGCUACCUUGGGCGCUGGAUCUCGACCUAAAUUUGAGCGACACGAAUCAGGUUCGUACUGGUCGAGUCACCACCGGAGUGGGAGUGAUCCAGAUCGGUACGCCUCCUCGGGCAAAGAACGAGAGCGACGUAGCCACGAUGAUUCUCGACGUCCUUCUAUGCCUACCAUGAACUCGUCUCCAGCCAAUCUGAAGGCACGAGUCGAGGAGAGAUCACCAAAGGACCGGAGGUCUGCGGGUUCCGCGUCCUACCGCGACUCGGGCAGAGACCGCGAUUCUGAUCACCGUAAGGACAUUCCAGGAUUGCACCGCUCGCAGACUAUGCCCGUUCCGCGUUCUUCAGGGCGCAAAGAUGCAGCACCCAGCAAGUCUUCGAACCUGAAGCAUGCCGAAACACACGACUCUGGCUAUGGUAGCAGCUCGACUCCACACACGCCUGAUCCGCGCGACGACAGUCCAGUGCGUCGGAACGCUAGCUCGCGCACGAAGUAUCAGAUAGUUGACCCGGAUAGUGGUGAUGAUGGUGCAUCGACAAUUCACAGGGUGGAUGACACAAGGUCUCGUCACCGAGACCGAAGAUACGCCAGUCCCGAGCCCAUCAGCCCCCGUGACAGCGACCGUCGACGACCCGACCGCCCUCGUUUGGACACGAACUAUCGAUCCAAGUCCUCUCGCGAGUCGCCAAUUGAGCCGCCAAAGGUUCGAAGAUCCGAGUCUGCUCGAUACGAUGAUCAUCGUUCCGGGCGAGAUUCGAACAGCAGCUCGCGUUAUAACAGCCGAGAGAAGCUUGACACCGAAGACUACGAGUAUGAGACCAGAUCUCCGCGAUACAAGGAAAAGGACAGGGGCGGCCUGCGGGAUCCUUACGCUGAAUCGAAUGCUGGAUAUGGCGACAAAUAUCGCGAUCGUGAUUAUGCUCCGAAGUCGACGUUCCACUCGGAUGCACGAGGCUCGCGCAGACCCUCGAUGCAGACUGGAGUUCAUUGA